CGUAACUGUUUAUCAGAUAGGAUCAGAUGCGGUGCAUACGUAUACAGGUUUCCAUCUCGGUAGUUACUUUGUCAACGUGUUCUAACUCGAAUCGGCGUCGAAAAGUUUGACCAAACGACAUGAAUGAAGACCAUCCCAAAUGCACUGAAAAAGUAGAAAAUAUCCAUGGGCUUGAUACGGAAGUAAUCCGGGACGAGGUUAAGAAGAAAGGAUUUGCAUUACUGAUUCACGACUUUAAAGAGCGCAAAUUAAUUCCAGUUAAAUUCCUUAGCUUAAUCGUCUUUUCCGGUUAUGGAGUACUGCUGCCAUUUUUUUCCAUUCAUAUGAAGUCAUUAGGAAUCAGUGUCGAAGAAACGGGUGCCAUUUAUGCAGUGUCUAGCAUUAUUGGUGUGUUGACUCCGCUCUGUACGGGUAUGAUGGCUGAUAAAUUAGGCAAUUUCAAGAUGCUGUUGAGCUUGUCAUUUGGGUUAGCUAGCAUUAGUGCGCUUCUCUUCUUGCUCGUUCCAGUGGGAAGGAUGUCAGUUGAUUAUCCAGUUAACACUUCGUUCGUUGUUGGCUGUCACGACGCUUUCAACCUGGCAGAUCAUUCUUCACCUGUAUCUGUUUUUACGAACUUUGACACGAAGGAAUGCGAGUACAAGGUGGGACAUAACCUUGGAAACGGUAUAGCUAACAUUUCAGUAGUAUUAAAAGAAUGCGGUUACAUGUGUUACCAUAACAACGAACCUUACGACGAGGAUUACUCUGAAGCCUAUGUGGUAUCCGAACUACCAUCCAUGGCGAAUUUUACACAAACUUUUCGUGACGCAACUUUUUUCCCCGACGACUGGAUUCUAAAUGGAUGGUGUACUCGACAGCCCGGCGAAGAGGUUUUCUGUGAAGAAAAUCGAGAAACAGGCACAUCACUGAACGCUACGCUUGCAUUAGACUGGUCCAACAACAUUGCCAAUAAAUCCAGAAGAUUUCCUGUUAUAUGGAUUGCACUGGAGGACGGUGGCCAGAUAAAUAAUGAGCGUAUAUUUAAUGCAAAACAAUUAUGCGACUCACGAGAUGACGAGCGGAAAGUUCACCAGACAGCUUACGUGAAAUAUUUGAACGACAGCGAUAAGAACUCCUACCAGUUUUGUCGGCCACAAUGCACUGUACUCUCUAGUCGCUCCGAGCUAUGUUCCAACAUGGCCCAAGAGAAAAUCUUCAAUCCUCAGCUGACUUUUUGGCUUUAUAUGUUGUUUCGUUGCAUUUUUGAAGUUUUGCUUGGUGGUUCUGCUACAUUGUUUGAAGGAGCUGUAUUGGCUUUAGUGUCCGAAGUCCGAGGCGAUUACGGUUUUCAAAAAGUUUUUGGAUUUAUAGGAGUAGCUAUAUUUUCGCCAAUAUCUGGAGUUCUGAUUGACCAUACCAGUUCAGAUGAAAACAACCAAAAUUUCUGGGCAGCAUACUUCCUUUUUGCUGCAUUGUUUGGAAUUGCUUCCUUGGGGAUGCUAACGAUUGACCUUAAGUUCAAACCUCCAGCAGAAAAUGUGAUAAAAGACGUGAAAUCGUUAUUCCAAAACAUCGAACUGGAUGCUCUGCUAGUUAUUGCACUAGUGUUUGGAUUGUUGGUGGGUUGCAUGGGAAAUUAUUUGUUUCUGUUUUUAGAAGAGAUUGGAGUUAAUAAGUCAUUGAUGGGAUUGUCGGUCAUGAUCUCUUGUCUUGCAUCAAUUCCACUUCUUUUGUUUUCUGGAAGUAUUUGUCGGAAAUUCAGCUACCCCAACGUCAUAGUAUUUUGCUUUUCUGUUUCCAUCAUCCGUUUGAUAGGAUAUUCGUACAUCUCCAUACCAAGUUUGUGUCUGCUGUACCAAUCUUUAGAAGCUAUUACUGGAACUCUAGCCAUGACUACAGUCAUAAUCUAUGGGUCGCAAUUGGGCACAACAUCUACUGUGGCUUCCAUUCAAGGCCUGAUUUCAGCAACCUAUUUUGGUUUGGGCGCUGGAAUAGGAAGUUCUGUUGGUGGUUUCCUUAUUGGGGCGUAUGGUCAACGGACAACUUUCCGGAUUUUGGGAGUUAUGUCGUUUAUCACUGGUUUCUCCUACUUCCUCUUCAAUGUUUUCUACGUACGCCGGAGGAACGCCAACGUAAUUGGCAAUGGCAAUGCUGCAGCCAAUUGACAUUCGCCAUUCUCGGGGCGUUUCAUAUUAUUAGUCCUACUGCUUUUACUUCAGCAUACUACCCACUU